AUGCUCAGCACUGCUUCUUCCAACAACCACUCUCAUUUCUCCUACGGCCGAAAUGGACAGGCAAGCCAGACAGAACAAACAAUCACCUCUACCGGCUCUUACGAUUUCCUACCCUCUGUGAGCUUCGACGACUUCCAUACCAGCAUCGAAUCCGCGGCAUCUAGCGGCGAAUUCAGGCCGAACAAAUAUCCUUCCCCAGCAGCGUCACGCAGUGACGUUGAAUCUUCGUUAAGCAUGGCCGACAGGAGAUUGUCCGACAGGACGGCUGUCAACCCCAAUGGCAGUGCCACGCGCGUGGGUGUUUCAGCCUCGUCCUCUCGGGCCACCAGAUCGGGGUCCAUCCUCCACAGGCCAAGCGCGUCGAGGCAGAAUAGCGCCUCGUCAAUCUCAACCACGUCCGGCUCCAUCGAUGCCUCCACAGCAACUAUUGGGGUGCGCACUCGUCGCCAGAGCCAGUAUCCGCCUGUUUCUGGCUCAGGUGCCGCUUCCAAACCCCCUCGAAAAUCUAUUGGCCCCGGCGUCGUUGCCGACGCGGAAACAGUGACGCGGAGCGCCUCCAAACGCCGUCCCAGCCUCUUCUCCGAAAAGACUAGCGACAUGACGAGGACUUCUCUCGACAUGGGCGGCGAUACUACCCGCGGCUUUACCACCACUACCAGGAGCGUCAAGGCCAAAUCCGUGGUACAGGCUUCUCCGAUGGUCAGCCAAACAAACAUCCUAACCAGUACUUCGCUCACUCCUGAGCAACAUCGAAAUACUUCCAAAUCACCGCUUCCUGGAGGCGCAGGUUUAACGCCAUCCUCAGGAGGGCGACGGGCAUCCAUCAUGCCUACCGGUCAUGCUUCUCAUGCUACCGGACUAGGCGCCCGAACCAUAAGCCCAACUGACACUAGAAGAAUGAAGCGUAUGUCCAUGAUGCCACAAUCUACGAGUUCGAAUCAAGUUUCAAAUGCACCACCGCCUCCGCCAGUUUCGAUGGAGACGCGAGCCGCCUCCAGGUCACCAUCAAUGAUUCCGAGAAAGGCGUCGGCUACACCAUCCUCGUCUAGGACAACGCCAGAUAUUAGUAGAAAAUCAUACAGCUCAGGUCUCUCCGUUGGAUCUACUGUUAGCUUCAACACCGUGAGGACAUCAACUGGCUCUUUACAGCCGCGCUUACCACAGCCGGCGUCUGUUUCUCGACUACCAGCUCCCAAACAUGCUACAAGCCAUGGCUCCCUACCCUCGGGCGAUGAAGAAGAUGUACCCCCUGUUCCUGCAAUUCCCAAAGCUUUUGAAUCUCCAAAGGAUACCCCCCCAGCUGAAACAUACUUUUUGGCCAAGAAGAAGUCUAGCCUUGGGACUCUCGACAGCAUCAGUAUUAAUCUCAACAGCAGCAACUCUACCACCAAUGUUUCAGCGCCAACUCAAGUAGAAACUGUCAAAUUACAACGCAAGCCGAGCGUCAAGACCGCUCAGCAUGCACCUGCAGCGCCGCCGAACAACGACAAGAAGAGCGGGCCGAACAAGAAGAGCCUGGAACCUCUGCGGCUGCCGCCCUUGAAUCUUCUUCCAUUGAGCAUACCCACCGCAGCCAAGGUGGCUGCAUUGCAGGAAAAUGGCAAAGAUAAUCGAAACAUGAGCCCGCCAGCCUCGCGACAGCUCCCCAAGACGCCGACGACACCAAUGACGGCGUCGAAAAGUUCCUUUUUUGCAAAAUCGCGAUAUGAUGAUGCUAUGGAGCCAAUGCCGUCCAUUAGAAGCAGUACUUCAGCACAUCGAUCCCACCACCGCCGAACCCCAAGCAUACCGGAUGCGACGACAUCUUCCACGGAUUCUUCGCUUGUUUUCAAAGAUUUGGACACCAAAUCCAGCAUGUCACCGUUCUUAUCUUCGUCUCUCCCCAAAAACGAACCCGCGAAUGGAUUCCUGAAGCGUUCAAAAACCGGUUCUGAUCACACCCGCGUCAAUCGGACGCUUUUUGAUGAAAAGGCGCCUCAAAAGCCUGCUGGACCACGCCCACCACAUACAGAAAAGCCUGUUCCCAAAUCCCCUCCGCCGGCUCCACCUACUGAGCAGCCUCAAACACCGUCCUCAAUGAGUACGCUGAGGAGAAAGCUGAGCUUGUCUUGGAAAAAGGGUAACUCGAAGGGAGGUAUUGUCCCACCCCAAGAUGUCGUAGACAAGGCGCAGAGUCUGAAACAGGAGAGCAUACCGCCUCCUCGCAUACCCGCAUCUGCCACAUUGAAUUCUCUCCCGACCGCGAAGCAUUUUGGGCCUACUGCAUCUGUUCCUCACGGACUUGCUGAGACGAAGAGAAGAAAGAGCUCUGCCACUAGCUUGAACAAUGCUUACCUCUCCCACGAUCGAACCAAGAGUGACCCCUGGAGCGCUAAGAAGGAUGUCACUGCGGCCGAUCCUACAACCAUGCCACCAGCUCGUCACCCCUCUGUCAUGGCCAAACUCAUGAGACCAAAGACAGCUUCCAGUGCUAUGCCCAGUGCUACUUCAUAUACUGCCGAAAUUGACAAGGACGAUGUUAUUGCGGAAGAGGAAAUGCGUAAACUGGGAUCUCGACGCAAAGAGACGGAAAUUGCGGCUAGGACCCUCGAUGCCUUGAAAAGGAGAGCCUCGCCCAAAGAGCGGGUUGGUCCUCACGAGGCAAUUCGCAUUGCCAUGCUCAACAUUUAUGAACGGGGUGAGAUUAUUGAUUACAAUGACGUGUAUUUCUGCGGCACUCAGAAUGCCAAUAAGGUGGUGGGUGAUCUUUCAUCGGAUGCCCCGAACUUUGGCUACGAUGAUGAACGUGGAGAUUACUCAAUUGUGAUUGGUGACCACCUCGCAUAUCGGUAUGAGGUCAUUGAUGUCCUCGGAAAGGGAAGCUUUGGUCAGGUUGUCCGGUGUAUUGACCACAAACUUGGAGUUCUCGUCGCCGUCAAGAUUAUCAGGAACAAGAAGAGGUUUCAUCAGCAAGCCCUUGUUGAAGUUAACAUCCUACAAAAGCUUCGCGAGUGGGAUCCUCACAACAGGCACAGCAUGGUGAACUUCACUCAAAGCUUUUACUUCCGUGGCCAUCUUUGCAUAUCUACGGAACUUUUGGACAUGAAUCUUUAUGAAUUCAUCAAGGCCCACUCCUUUAGAGGAUUCUCUUUGCGCAUCAUCAGGCGCUUCACGAAGCAGAUCCUCAGUUCCCUGAUUAUACUGAAGCAGAAGAAGGUAAUUCACUGCGAUCUUAAACCAGAAAACAUUCUGCUGCGUCACCCGCUCCACGCCGAAAUCAAAGUCAUCGACUUUGGCUCGAGCUGUUUUGAAAGCGAAAAGGUUUAUACUUAUAUUCAAUCUCGAUUCUAUCGGUCACCCGAAGUCAUAUUAGGCAUGACGUAUGGUCUGCCUAUUGAUAUGUGGAGUGUGGGAUGUAUCCUCGCUGAGCUGUACACUGGUGUUCCCAUUUUCCCUGGUGAGAACGAGCAGGAACAGCUGGCAUGCAUCAUGGAGGUCUUUGGUCCUCCCGAGAAGCACCUCAUUGAAAAGAGCACAAGAAAGAAGCUCUUUUUCGAUUCCAUGGGCAAACCCCGGUUGACAGUCUCCUCCAAAGGCCGCAGACGACGCCCAUCGUCCAAGACUUUACAGCAGGUGUUGAAGUGUGAUGAUGAGGCGUUCCUGGAUUUCGUUGCCCGAUGCCUCAGAUGGGACCCUGACCGCCGAUUGAAACCUGAGGAUGCCGUCAGGCAUGAAUUCAUCACCGGAAUCAAGGUGCCCACUCCAACUCCUCGCUUACCGAUGCGUGAAGCAUCCCCAGUAAAACGCUACAACACGAUAUCAGUAUCUCGUCCUUUACCUGAUCCGCCUGGUAUUUCAAGCAAGGCAAGCGUGGGUGCCAGCCCCGGAAAGCCAAUUCCCGCGGCUGCGCGUAGAGCUUCAGGGGCUACGGCCGCUACAACGGCAAGUCUAAACAGGCGGACGAGUGCUGGAGGCAUGGCGGGAGGUAUGACGGGCAUGGCUGGUUCAUCAAGCUCCAGCAAUCUGCCACGGGCCGCAGGCCGGAUUAUGAGCGGAACGCGGGAUAUCGCUGCCGCGGGCGCAACUGCGGCUAUGAAUCGACGACCUUAG